CUUCUGUCGGAAGCAAUACCGUUGUGUUUCGUUUGUUCCGUGCCGAUUACUCGACAAGUGCUUCCGAAUUCUCUCAGACGAGGCGAUUUUGAAAAUGAGACCGAAGAAAACAUUAGUGCUUUCCCUUCUAUUCCUGGGGACUUGUGUGGUGGACUCGAACCCGCUUGAUGGAUCGCUGCAGCAUCUGAUCGAGAGAAGGAGGGCUCCCUUGCUCGAAGCUGACUUCCUCAUGGCUGAGAAACUCGUCGCAGCCAACUGCACGCCAUCGUCUAUCAACGAUUUUCCACCGGAUUUGUUCACUCAAGAAGAGAGAAUGUCGGGUGCUAUCGCUAUUCACGUCGUGGUUAUCCUCUACAUGUGCGGUGUAAUGGGAAUCGUUUGCGACCGAUACUUCGUGCCGAGCCUCGAGAUCAUAAGCGACUAUUGUGGACUUCCCUCCGAUGUUGCUGGCGCAACAUUCAUGGCUAUGGGAACGUCGGCGCCGGAGCUUUUUUCGUCCGUGAUUGGAUCGUUCAUCACGGAGGGCGAUAUUGGAGUGGGCACGAUUGUCGGGUCUGCUGUAUUCAACAUUCUGGGAGUCACCGCUCUGAUCGGCUUGGCCGUGGGCCGAGAGAGUCUGAAAAUCGACUGGUUCCCGAUCAGUCGUGACUGCAUCGCCUACGUUCUGACCGUAGUUCUGCUCAUAGUUGUCAUAUCUGAUAGCUUCGUCACGUGGUAUGAGGCUUGCAUCCUUCUGCUGUUCUAUGCGCUGUACGUCACGGCCAUGAUAUUCAACUCGAAAAUUGAACGCUUCUCGCAUCUGACUGUUCAACGUUUCACUGCGAGCAAUGGCGAAAAGCGUCCUCUCAUUGACAAACAGCCCUCAGUUUCUGAUGCCGACGACGACGAUCUCCCAGAGGCGAUCUUCGAAGUACCCAAGGGAGGUUUCUUCGCUGUCGCGCUCUGGUUGAUUUUCCUCCCGGCAAACAUUGUCCUAGCAUGCACGAUUCCGGAUUUGAGCGGCCGCAGAAAGUUCCUCUUCCCUCUGACCUUCAUCUUAUCCAUCAUAUGGAUAGGUCUGAGUUCCUACGUCACGGUCUGGAUGGUGACAGUCGCUGGCUAUACACUAGGAAUACCGGACUCGAUCAUGGGCUUGACCGUCCUCGCCGCCGGAACAAGCGUACCCGAGGUAUUCUCGUCCGUCCUCGUGGCUAGAAGAGGCAAAGGCAACAUGGCCUUGUGUAAUCUCUUAGGCUCGAAUAUCUUCGAUAUCUUGUUCUGCCUCGGGGCUCCUUGGUUGGUCAAAACGGCGUAUUCGGCGAGAAAUGUGUGGAUCCAGAGUCCAGCGUUGACGUACACGGGAAUCACGCUCCUGAUGACUGUCGUGAUGCUUUUCCUGACCUUGAUAGUUAUGAGAUGGAAGGUCAACUACAAAACCGGAAUAAUUUGUACAUUCCUCUACGGAGGCUUCUUGACCAUGGCUGUGCUCUACGAGUUCCUCAUGUUCGGUAUCAGCAACCCUUGCUAAGAAUCCGGGAAAUGAAUCUGUGAUAGAAGACUUAUGAGACAUUUCAGAGUGAUAAGAUGCGGAUCAGAAAUCAGG